CUCGAAUCCAUCCGAUCACCGCCCCUCAUAGAGAAAUAUGCUGUAAUCGUCUGUCUCCACAAUCUCCGCCCCUCCAAUGGGGAAUAUUCACCUGCUUCACUUCCCUUGCUCACUCACUGGACCAUCUCCAUCACUCAUAAACCCUAACAGGCCUCCCUCUCCAAACCCUAGUUUUCCUAAACGGUUCCGGUGUCACUCCACCGGUCGCGGUCGUAGUCCCAGCUGGGACUCGAACGCCGAGAAAACAAUCCAUGCUGAACGCUUUAGAUUCAAUCUUGAGAACGAGUCUCUCACUGAUGACGACGGAGAUGAGGACGGCGAGUUUGGUUUCAGAAGCACCGGGAAGCAGAGGGUCUGGUGGUCCGAUGAUUCGUUGGACAUCGACGAUGAAGAACAGUUUGGAUUUGGGGAAGACUCUAUCAGCAUCAAUUGGAUAAUUAAGCUAUUCAGAGCCUUUGGUUGGAUGGUUCCAGCUAUCAUCAUAUCAUUGUUGGUAGGAACAGGACCAAAUGCUUUCUUCAUGGCAUUAGCACUUCCCCUGGCUCAGUCAGCACUUUCUCUAGCAGCUGAUACGUUAUGGAAUAGGUCAAGCGAGGGCCGAAAAGCAAAACCCAGGACCAAGAAGAAGCCCUUUGCUAGAGCCUCAAGCAACGUCGGCAUGGGCAAGGAAAAAGAAGAAAACACCGGGACUAGCAAGGGAAGAGGGAGUUCUCAGUCCUGGGCAGCUGCAAAUGAUGUUACAGUUAAAAAGGGUGACAAAAGCACACCGAGUUUUGGGGGAUGGGAUGAGCUAGACAUACGAAGCCGGACUAGUGAAGUGCCUAAAAGGGCACCACCUCAAAGAGCAAACUCGCCAAGACAACAGAAGAAAGGUAAAUUGAGUAGGAGACUGCGAAGUAGAGACACACCAAUGCUGCUGAGAUUACUGAUUGCCAUCUUCCCAUUCUUGGGAUCCUGGACCAAAUUAUUCUAGUAAAACUAAUCGUUAAAUUAUGGUGGUGUUCUCGGACCACAUCAAUGCUAAUAUUUUUACUUGUUUUUCAUCCAUGAUUAUUAGCAUAUUACAUUGUAGGAUGAUUUGUUACAACAGUUGUCUAUGAAUUUCUUAUGACCUGAAGCCUUGUAAAUCAUUCCUUAUAUAAUGUACAUUUUUUGUAUCUCACAAUAAUUUGGUUGAUGUGAAAUUGGUACA